GUGAAGAAGAUUGUGAGACCAGGUUGUUCACAAGAAGUGUUGAAUGUGGCUGUGAGUUCCAUGCCCUCACUCGCCAGGAUCCUCUCAGCGAUGUCUUCUAAGCCAAAACCCCGUGCCUCACUUUGAACAAGUCUGCCAUGUAUAUAUACCUGCUGUGAUGAGGGAAGACAUGCCUGCAUCAUGUAUGAAGCCUAUCUUCGUAGCAUCUUUACUUUAAUUUCUUCUUCUUUUGUAUUGUCAGUUUGGGGAUUUGAUUUGGGGCAGGGUAGAUAUUUAUUACUACUAUAUAUUUACUUCUGUGAAUGCCCUUAUUUUUAAGAAUACAUGGAAAUGAUGCAGUUUGACCAAUUACAACGGAACUAUGAAUAUGUCUUUUUGUAAGGCUGACUACUGGCAAUAUGAAAUUGUAAUAUAUGUGAAGCCUUAAUGGUUGGAGUAGUGAAAGUUUAAAGGGAAAAUUAUCAUUCAGGGGGUGUUUUGAAAAAAUGUUACAUAUUGAUGAUAAGGUUUAUGAUUUUAA